AAUGAGUGGUAGCAUACGAUAAGCAGACAUUCAUCGAUAGAUUCUAUCGCGACUUGCAUGCGGCUGUUUAUGUAAACAAAAAGUUCGAAAACCAAAUGAUUACUAUUUGUCCGCUAAGAUGACUGCCCGAAUGAUCCAACGCGGCCUGCACACCGCUCGCUCCUGCCUGUUGGCCAGAGUUCCUCGUCGCGCCAAUCCUGGACUGGGCUACCAGCUGGAGCAGCUGCAGGAGCAUCCAGCAAAGGGCAGCGAAGCAAGCGAGGAUUACGCCGAUCUGGAGUCGGAUUUCAUGGACGUGCAGAAGACGCAUCGGCAAUACGAGAAGGAGCAGCAGCAGCACCGCGAUCGCAUCCGUCAGUUUAUGAUAAAGCACAAGUAUUUCCGGGACGCCAAGUUGCCAAACCUCUUGCUCCAUGCCGAAAAGGAGCAGAUGCGCCUGCUCCACGAGCGAGAUCCCGAGGAAUGGAGCGUGGAGCGGUUGGCUGAAAGUUUUCCCGCCACUCCGGACAUUGUGCAGAAAAUUCUGAGGGCCAAGUGGCGACCAAGAAGUGUGCAAAGGAUACGCUCCCACGAUGAAACUGUUGUUAAAAACUGGCAGCUAAUAAGGGCGGGAAAGGGUGACUUUAGUAUCCCACCUGCUCUCUACCAGCAUCUGAAGAAAUUCGCCGAGCGAAGGCGGCAGGAUCUGCGGGAACUAAAGACGCAGGAUUGGCCCACAAAAUCCCAACUACCCACUCCGCAAGUCAACGAAUUCCGCAAGUUGCUGGGCAGCAGUAGUUCCACACCGGAAGAGACGCCUCCACCACAAAUCACAUCCGGCUAUGAAGCACCACCCUCUGCUGCGGAAGAUGAAACCUAUUUGCUGGAUAAAAUCCGUAAUAAAAAGAAGAUGCGCCUGCAGGAGCUUAAGGAACUGCAGCUCGUUGAGCCCGUGCCUACAGUUCCAGAGGAACUAAAGCGACCCAUCGAGAAUCCCAGUGGCACCGGCUUUCUGCCCAGCUUCGUGCCCAAGUUUGCGAGUAGCGAGAUUGUGAUCAGUGCCGCCGACCAGCGCAAGUAUGAAAUAACCCAGUUGAAAACGCGCAUUGUUAUUCCCCGGAAACUGCACCGCCAAGGAGCCACGUACCGUGUGGAGGAUGCCUACUACGACGACGACGGGGAGCUGCUCUACCGAGUGCCUGGAAUGACCAGAGCCAAUUGAUGUCACUUUUAAGAAAUAUUUAUUCGAAAAAAGAGCAUUCUUUAAGUUGUAAAUUUCAAAAAUUGUUAAUCACAAGCAUUGCCAUCAUUGUUUGUAUACAAAAAUAUAUAAAUCAUUUG